AUGCCUGGUGUAAAAAUAUUAAUUCCCACGUCAAAUUACGGCCAUGAUCAAACAGAAACCGCAAUCCUAUGCACCGUCUUCACCAACGCCAGAUAUACCGUCCACUUCGCCACCGAAAACGGUGCUCCCCCAGCCUGCGAUCGUAAAAUGCUCGAGGGAAUCACUCAGAAGCUUCUCGGCGCAACUCAAGAAGCCAUCACCGCCUACAAACAAAUGUCCCAGACACAGGAAUUCAGCACCCCUGUUUCCUAG